ACCCCACGUCCCGCCCCCGGCCGGGCUGGCCGCCGGAGUUGGAAGCGCAGCCCCCCGCCCCCUCCCCAGCGGAGUAGAGGAGAGCAGCGCACGCGGCAGGGGAAGCCGCGAGCGCCGAGGAGGGCGGGGAGAGGCGCUGACAAAUCAGCUGCGGGGGUGGCGAGCGGAGGAGAAGGAGAAGGGGAGAGGAAGAGGAGGAGGACCGCGACGACGAGAGGGGACCCGGCGAAGGGGUGAGAGACCCAGCGCGGAGCCGUGGGGCGAGUGUGGCAUAAAGGAAUUCAUUAGCCAUGGAUGUAUUCAUGAAAGGACUUUCAAAGGCCAAGGAGGGAGUCGUGGCUGCUGCUGAAAAAACCAAACAGGGUGUGGCAGAAGCCGCAGGAAAGACAAAAGAGGGUGUUCUCUAUGUAGGCUCCAAAACCAAGGAAGGAGUGGUUCAUGGUGUGACAACAGUGGCUGAGAAGACCAAAGAGCAAGUGACAAAUGUUGGUGAGGCGGUGGUGACAGGGGUGACAGCAGUCGCACAGAAGACAGUGGAGGGAGCAGGGAGCAUCGCAGCUGCCACUGGCUUUGGCAAAAAGGAUCAGUUGGGCAAGAAUGAAGAAGGAGGCCCACAGGAAGGAAUUCUGGAAGAUAUGCCUGUUGAUCCUGACAAUGAGGCAUAUGAAAUGCCUUCUGAGGAAGGGUAUCAAGACUAUGAACCUGAAGCAUAAGAAAUACUUUUGCUCCCAGUUUCUUGAGACCUACUGAGAGAUGUUCCACCCUGUACAAGUACUCAGUUCCAACGUGCCCAGUCCUGACAUUUUCUCAAAGUUUUUACAGUGUAUUUUAAACUCUUCCAUCAGCAGUGAUUGAAAUUAUCUGUACCUGCCCUCACUCAGCAUUUCAGUGCUUCCCUCUCACUGAAGUGAAUAUAUGGUAGCAGGGUCUUUGUGUGCUGUGUGGAUAUUGUGGCUUCAAAUCUAAAAUGUUAAAUUAAAACACCUAAGUGACUACCACUUAUUUCUAAAUCUUCACUAUUUUUUUGUUGCUGUUCUUGAGAAGUUGCAAUUUAUUAUCAUAUAUUAUAAGAUUUCUAGGUGUCUUUUAAUGAUGUAUUGUGAAAUUUGUUAAUAUAUAUGAUACUUAAAGACAUGUGAGCAUGAAACUAUGCACCUAUAAAUAUUAACUAUGAAGUUUUA